AUGAGACUCGAGAUUGGUACACAAUCUAGUGACUCUUGGUGGGAUUACUUUGCCACCGCAACCUCCAAUAGUUCUACCUGGUCGGAAUUAGAAUCCCAGUUACGCACUCUUUUCAAGAUUCCCGGUACUCUUAAGAUCAUUGCCUCAUACUUAGAUGAAGAUGGAGAUAAUAUUACUCUUUCUAGUGAUCUCGAACUACAAGAAGUAAUUUAUCAAUCCUCCUCAGGUGUUCCUAUUAGAUUAGUUCUGACAACUUUUCCCGCCGAUGUUGAAAAAACUGCAAUAGCAAUGGAACAAUUGAAAAUUAAUGAUAAUAUCAGAGUACAUUUCGCUCGACCGGAACCAGAAAGUGCUGAAACUGAAACUGAAACUGAACGAGAAGGGAAAUACAAUGAUUUUGACUAUACGUCAACUGAAGAGGAAGCAGAUCAGAAUAGCUCCGAUCCUGAAAUUUAUUUCAUCAUCGCAAAUUCACGAUACUCGAGACGCGGGCCAAAAUUUGGCUACGCCAAGUUUGAUUCGUCUGAAGGAUUCGGUGGCUGUCCCUUCAUGCGUGGGAAACCUUAUUCUCGUCACCAUGGCCUAUUUCAUGGUGGUCGCGGAUUCCAUGAAUCUGAAUCCGAAUUACACCGUCACCGGAAGUGCGAUAGAAAUCGUCAUGAAUUGGCUGAGAAAGUGGAACUCUUAUACUCGAUGGGAUUCCCACCGGAAAAUAAAGCUCAUUAUGAGGAAUUGCUAAAAAGGUUUGAUGGAAAGAUUGGACAUGUGGUGGAAAUUCUACUUUGCGAGAGGAAACGUAAAGAAGGGGGAAAGGACAAGGAGCACGAGGACGGCGGUGAAAAUAAUGAAGGCGAAACUUCAACAAUCAUUCAAGAUAUGGAAAUUUUAGACAAG